AUGCCGCCCCCAGACCCCCCAGACCCCCUUUCCCACCUCCCCUACGACACCUCCCUCCCCUCCGCCCUCGCCCACCUCGUACACCACCUCGUAGACCCCCUCGCCCGCCACUACCCCCAGCACACCACCCAGUACCUGCUCGAACAACUCAAGCGCGACCUAUUCCGCCAUUUCCAGCCUACAUGGGAUGAGGCUCAUCCCCAAGUCGGAAGCGGCGCCCGCUCGCUUAUCUGCACCCGCCAUCUAGGUCUCCCUAUGCCGAUGCGCGCUGCGGGAACCAGGUCCGGUGUUGAGGAGCGGGUCUGGAGAAAGGCCAUCGCCGAAGAAGGGGGCCGAUCAGGAGACGUCAGCAUGGGAGAGGAGUGGGAGGUCUGGUGUGACCCCGGACAGGUCGUCUGGAGGUGGGGUCCUUGGGAGUGGGAAGAUCCGGAAUUUGAGCCUUCAAAGAUCGUUAGAGAAUCACUCCAGGUGAUCUGGCAGUCUGCGGCAGACGGCGACAAGCUUUCUCCCACCACUCCCGCAAAGACGGCCCAAGGCACUCCCAGCCGACCGUCCUAUGCUGUACCUAUCCGUGCCCCCACACUUCUCGCCAUACCCCCCACCCCGUCUCGCGGCCAAGGACAGAAUGAGGCGAUUUCCGUGCAAGAGUCCCUUUUGCCUGCCUUCUCUACCCUCGGUCUUGGCAGACCUUCGGACGGCGGGCAAAAUCGGGUCAGCUCGGGCUGGUCGAGUUCGGAAGAGGCGUCGUCCCGUUCCACCUCGAUGACUUACUCUGAAGAACAACCCGCUUCGCCCGAGCACCGCUCGGCGUCUCGUACCUCCCACAGAGGCUCCGAGUCCCAGAGUAGCAUCUCUUCAUCUGUCUCGGACAGCAACUCGGGUCAUACGCAGUUGCUUACUCCUGCCACCAGGCCAAGCACCGCGGACCCCUUUACCGUUUCCAUUAUUCCCCUCAGAGAAUCUUUCCGCCAGGAAGGUGUCGAUGUAUUCGGCGACAGGGGGAGCAGCGAAAAGCUCAAGACCACUCCAAUCUCCCAGUCCCGUGGGCGAGCUUCUCCCAACGCCCUUGGCGAGUCAAAUGUUCAGCCUACUACCCCCAACACCGAGACCACCAUCACCCCCCGUGUUCCCACUCCUACUGUAACCCCAUACGACGGCGGCAACGUGACUGUCCUCGGUGGUGGUAUUAAACUUGGCGGUGGGGCGGGGUCUCACUCCCGUUCAUCCUCUGUGCAGUCUUCUCACCGCACCCCCAUCGACCGCACCCGAUCUCCAUCUGUCUCCUUUGCGUCUCGUGCUCUCUCCAGCGCUACUGGGCCCAAUGGAGAACCCAGGAAACAGAGGACCAGGAGGAGGAUCAUGCCCACCUACCUUGGCCACUUGGGUCAGCCUGGUGUCGGUGGACCUGUCAUGGGCGCUUUCAACGGGGUAGUCAGCCCCGGCGCUAGUGGCGGAAUGGGGUACGGGUUUGGAGCUCAUGUUGGUGUUGGAGUCUCCCCCCCUCAGGUUGGAAUCAGGGGACCUAUGCCGAGAAUGGGGCAUUAG